GUGGCAGCACACAGUCUUAACAUGGAGAUCUGGCAUCCUCCGCACAUCAGCUGUAAUUUGUUUACAUUACGUUCUGCUAAGUGUCGUAAUUCGGGAAAAGUCGCCAAUUUGGAGCAACCUCUUACGAUUAUACCAAAAAUGUCGAGGCAUGCUCUGAUAGGUGGUGGCACGGGCUUCAUUGGUCGCAACCUGGCAAACCAUUUGACCAAAAAGGGUUACGAUGUGACGGUGAUCUCCCGCAUGCCAGGUGCGAAGCGCAUCACCUGGCACGAGCUUGAGAAGAAUGGUAUUCCCGGAUCCGUAAACGCCGUGGUAAAUGCCACGGGCCAGAACACAUUGGAUCCAACGAGACGCUGGACUCCAGGAUUCCAGCAGAAUGUGUGGAACUCGCGAAUCAACUCCUCAAAAACUCUGGCUCAGGCUAUUAAGUCGGCUCCCCAGGUCACCUCUUUCGUGAAUCUAUGCGGCGUGAGUCACUAUCAACCCUCGGAGUCCAAGGUUUACACCGAGGAGGACCAGGUGCAAGGAUUCGACUACAUGUCCAGGUUGUGCUUGGCCUGGGAGGAGGCUGCCCACACUGGUAGUGAGCAGGAUUGUAAAACCACCAUCCUGCGGUGUGGUGCUGUUGUGGGUCAUGGCGGUGGCAUGAUUCAGUCCAUGUGGCUACCGUUUAAGCUUGGCGUGGGAGGUCCAUUGGGCAAUGGAAAGCAAAUAAUGCCCUGGAUACACCUGCACGAUCUGUGCAGCUUGAUACAGUACAUCAUAGAAAAACCAGUGCCAGGAGUGGUCAACGCGGUGGCCCCAGAAAUAACCAGCAAUUUGGAGUUUAGCAAAGCCUUUGCCAAAGCACUUCAUCGCCCGUGUAUCUUCGCCGUUCCUGAGUUUGUUGUCCAUGCCAUCUUUGGACCAGAGCGGGCAGCUCUGGUUUUAAGUGGCGCCAAAGUCAAGCCACAGAAAGCGCUCUCAUCCGGAUUUAAAUUUCAAUAUCCCAGCGUCAAGGAGGCUGUGACGCAGCUGACCCUCAAAGGAUGAACUGAAUCGACACCGAAUGCUGGUUAUACGUAUGCUUUGUUCAAAAGCGGUCUGUAUAUUAAAUAGAUGGUAGUACCAAGCGCAAAUUAAAACGAAUUUCUGCGAUAGGGGGGAUUUGUGAAUCACGCCCUCCGAAAAUAGACCCACUUAAUUUGUUUACUCAUUAGUCUUGUCCACCAGUAUUUCAUCAUUAUUUUGGUACCACAUUAAAUGUAAUCGUUGACUUAAUUCGA